AUAACAGUAACCCGGGAACAAAUUCCAUUAGCUGUUACCUUCUGUGACGUGAAAGACCAGAUGGAGUUUGAAUGUUCGGUGUCCUUAAAUUACCUCUAUAGACCUUUGUCGAUAAAUCCAAGUGACCCAAAAGUUGUCUUCUCAGCACCAUAUUUUGAUCUGCUGACCCGGAGGUCAAAGGUACAUCCGUUUAAUGGGGAUCCAUUAGGAGACAUGUGGAAGCUUCCAGAGACUGAGCUUGACAAGAGGAUAUCCGACACAUCUGUCAGAUGUUUCUUUGCGCAUCGUGGGUGUGAGACCGUGCUGAAACUUGCAGAGAUUGCUGCACAUGGAAAAGAUUGUUCUCAUAAACCACCACAUGAUCUUGACACAAAGGAGGUUACUGAAACAAACUGGUACAAAAAAUAUUUCUCUUCAGCACAUAAGCUGGAAAUUGAAACGAAGCACUCUGUUCAGGCCCAAAGCUGGGAGAAAAGACUACAGAUUGCUACAGAUAAGGACGACGUAGAUGAUUUGUGCAAUCAUGCCCAGAGCCAAAUAAAGCUGUAUAAAGAGAGACUUCCAAAACCAGGUGAUAUGAUGCUAAAUGAAACAGGACAGUCACCAUUGCACUAUUUGGAACAAGCAGCCGUUCACUAUGCUACUGCUGUCAAAUUCAAACCCCGGAAUCCAAAUUUACAUUUCCAGCUUGGACAAACCCUCGAGGAAUGUUAUUAUGCUACAGAAAUGUAUGAUCUAAAAAAGAAGACAGAGAGUGAUGCUACUGAUCUUGCGAAAGCCCAGGCCAGCGGGAUGCAGGAAGAGAUCUGGGCCAUCUGUAAACUUCAUGGUUUUUUAGGAAUACCAACAAUGGAGGAGCAGCUGAAAGCCCUAGACAUGGAGUACCACCAGCUGAAAGACCAGGGCCAGUCUGAGAAAGCUGACUAUAUCCAAACUCUUUUCAUCUGGCUGUCCAAAAAGGCUAAAAUGGACACUAAGGCUGGAGAUUCUGAUGAGGAAAAUUCACUUCAAAGAGCCCUUCAGAAGUAUCUGGAUGCCUGGUCUCUCAGUCCUGACAACUGGGGACUCAACUUCCAUGUGGGUCGUCUGCUGCUUUUACAGGAGAAGAGUAAAGAGGCACUACAGCACUUGCAGACUGCACUAGCCCUCAAACCCUCACACCCAGCCUUAAGAUUCUACACCGGUUUGGCUUUGCUGCAACAGGAUGGAACCUCAGUGGAAAAAGAGAAAGAGGCGACUUUGUUCCUCCAUCAAGGCCUGGAGUAUGUUCUUGGCCAGUAUUUUAACUCACACAGCCAAGCCUGUAAAGAGAAAGCUGAUGCUGGAUAUUCUCUGUCGAUUGUAAAUGCCCAGUUUUUAAGAGGGUGUCUCAGCCUGGGAGUAUUGCUGUCCAAACACACAACCUUGGGGCAAACAAUGAGCUCCAUGUUGGUUUAUCAGAAUGUUGCUCUAAUGGCUGUGAAAGCUCUGAGCAUGUGUGUCGGUCAGGGCCGAGUGACUCAGCAGUUAGAGAGGGUGCUGCUGGAUGCCCACUUUACUUCACUUAAAAUUCUACUUGAGCAGGAGAACAUAAUCAAGCAGGCCUGGAUAACUAAGAGAUGCCAAGCUCUCUCUGCUCUCAUACGGCUCUCAUGCAUCGACACCUGGAAGGAUCUCCUGGACAUGCAGUUAAAGGUGUGUGAGUUGGGCGUCAUUAACACUCCCUGCAACAGCACUGCAUUAUGCCUGCUUGGUCAGGCUCAGCUAGCCCAGUGUGACAGUGACGCUGGCUCAGAAUCGGGUCAAGCAGCCCUGUCCAAUGCCUGCCUCAGUUUCCAGGCUAGCAUCAUGUUGGAGGGAUUGCCAGUGACUGGAGAUCCUCCAGAACAUCUGAUCAAGCAGAAGUGGUGGCAGGAGCAUUUGGCUAAAGAGAAGGAGAAAACAGAGAAGCAAAUCUGCAUUAAGGAAGUGAAAGCAAGCGGGUCAUUUGAGCACACUGGGGCUAGAAGAGGGAUCGGAAAAACAGCUCCUGCCCAAGGGGGAACUAUAGCCAUGGCUAAAACAUCUGCUCCAUCUCGAGGGGUGAAAGCAGUUCCAGGAGUAGCAAGAGGAGUGGCUCCAGUUAAGAGGAAUGGAAAGAGUACAGGCAAAUCAAACCCCAAAAUCCAGCUUCCUCUCGGCAAGUCCAAACAGGAGUGCAGCACACAACACACUAAACCAGCAGCACCUUUGGAUGAGGAGCAUAAGAUCAGUGGUGCCACCACUCCAGCAGCUCUGAACCUGAAGUCUCAUGCUCCUCGACUAGGAUUAGCCCGAGCCCGGGCACGUUCUCCAAACUCCCACCAGCAGGCCUGCUCUCUCUACCAAGAGGUUAUCAGCAUGUCUCCACAGGUUCAUGAUGCAUACAUUGAGCUGGCAAACCUACUGGUGGAGAGCGAUCCACAAGCCGCUGUAGAGGUCUACAGCAGAUUUCCGUUAAAACCUGUUAACGAACAGACAUUUGAUGAUGCCUUCAUCACAGGAGAGAUCGUACACAUCCUCAUGAAGCAAGAGCUGUAUGAACAUCCACAGCUGGCUCCUAAUCUGAUUGCAUACGGAAAAGUCAUGGGGCUCAGUUGCAUCGAAAAGUACAUUGAUAUACUGGAUAAAAAGUUUAAGACCAAGCUGCUAAAAACCAUUUAUGCAGGAAUUCAUAACAAAUCAGUGGAGGAUGAAGAUCUUCAAGAGUUUUUCAAGUUUAAAUGCUGGAUAUGA